CAGCGACCAUCUCAAUUUUACCAACUGGUACUGCCCUCUGUCCUCUCCACACCUCUCGCCGCCGCCCUUCCAUCCAGCCACCUCGAUCCGCCGCCCGCCCUCCCUCGAAACCUCUGUCCCCGCCGCGGGCUGCACAGUCCGGGUGGGGGCCGCGUAUGGGCGACCAUCACGCUGGGCUGGGGGAUUCCGCGCUGCCGCCGUAGCGUCGCCGCGUCAAAGGCUGCGGUUGCUCCAGGUUCCCUGUUGUGCAGGUGAGUACCUAGCUAGGUCUUGUAACCUGAUUUUUUUUUCCUUCUCACAUCGUAGAUCGACUGAGUUGCCGCUGCUCAAUCGUGGUUUAGUUCUUAGGCUUAGAAAUCAGAUUGCUUCGGUCAGGAUUGACUCAUAGGAAAGGCCGGUGUUCCAACUGACUUUGCAAUAAAAGCAUCGCAACUUUGCAAGGAUGCUUCCUUAACCGUGCAGGCUUUGCAUUGGGCUGUAGGUGCUGUGCUCUCGGGUUGUACAUCGACUGUUAAUAUUCAGGUUAAUCUGUAUUUCACUAAUCUCUCUUUAUUCUAAAACUGACUCCUAAUGCAGCAGCCUAAUUAAGCCACAUAUUUAAUUCAGAUAGUUGAGGUGAAGGCUGCUAGCGUCGUUUGUAAUUUUCUGAAAAUGUGUUCUCUUAUCAAGUUCCAAGUAUGCUCCAAAAUCUGAAAUAGUUAUUCUACAACUAUCCAGAUAAAUCAUAUGUAAAUUAGGUGGUCAAAGUUCAUGUUUUUUCCUGAAUAUUUUCUAUCACAUGUUUUUAACUGGUCUGUAUUUCCAUUGAUGCUAAAAAGUGGAAAUCAAUGUUUAUUUUUUUUAAUGCUGGUAAGGGUUAGUUUAUAGAGAAUAAUAUUUUUCAAUUGAUUUUCUGAAGAGUAUUAGUGAAAUUUCAGAAUAAAAGUAUAUCUGGAAAGUUGUCAUACUAAAAUCUUUCAUAUACUAAUUUCCAUUUGUAUGAUUGUAUCACACAUUAAUGUUCACAAAAAUAUUUCAAAGACAUACAGAACUUAACCAAAAUAACUUGUAUUCGUUUCAUCCACACAUCUUUGUUGCCAAUCAUCAAUGGCAAAUACAAUUAUUAAGAUUUUGCAUGUCAAUUGUUGAGCUCUACGUUCUUUGCACUAAAGUUCCGGCAUAAACUAUUAUGAACGAGCAAUUAGUGCCCAUCCCAAUCAAGAGCGACACUUAUGCUGAGGAACCGAAUCAGAUGGUGAAGCACUAUUAUGAACUGACAAAUAUAGCAGCCCACGUGGGCACUAGAUAGCGAAUAAGAUCAGGGAUUGGACCGUACGAUGUGCAAAUGGCUGAUGGCUUUGGCAUUGGUCGGCGGUGGACGACCAGUGGAUUAGCAGCAGUGGCAGGUUCAAAAGUCGUUACCGUCAAAACUACCCUUACAAAAACUAGUUUUCGAGUAAAUAUGUCCACAAUACCCUAGAAAAUCAACUGACAGGCUUUACUUAUACUGCACACCCUCCAUUCCGUUAAAAAACCACCUCAUAGUGAGAGGUACAACUUCGCUCAAUAUACUGGCCGGAAUUUCUCAAUUCAAAACAUGCAUCCCAUGCACAAAUAGUAAAGAGUAGGAUACAAAAUAGUUGUAAAAGUCAAACUCUAUAUGUUGGAAUUUCUUUUCUGCAUUAGCCACCCUUUUCACCGUGGGCCAGAUAAGAUAGAUGCUUGACUUGGAACCGAAUAUGGGUAUGGAUUAUCUGGAACAGAAAUGGUUUAAUUUGCAUUGAGAAAACUUUGAACUAUGCAAACUUCAACGCUUACCGUACCUUCCAAAAUCUUGAUCACAGUUGACAGGGAAGGCCUAUGAAUGCUAUUAUUCUGCAAGCACCAGACUGCAAGCUUCAUAAUUUGAAUCACUUCCUCCUCGUGUGAGACCAUAUCAUCACUUUUCGUAUCGAUCAGAUCAAUCCAUUGAUUGUGUUGAGCCUUUUCCCGUAAUAAAUUAAUGAGCUGAAGGUUCUCCUUAGGCUGAGAACGGUCAAUGCUUUUUCCUUCCACUUAUUAUUUCCAAGAUAACCACUCCAAAGCUGCACACGUCAACUUUUUCAUUGAUUUGCGACGUUAACCAUUCAGGUGCCAGAUACCCUGGUGUUCCUCUCAUCAUCCCACUACAGAUACCUGUAUAUUAACUUAGGUAGUCCAAAAUCAGCAACUUCGGCAUUGAAGUGCUCAUCUAAGAGAAUAUUUUGUGGCUUAAUGUCCAGAUGAGCAAUUUUUCGUCUGCAAUCCUCAUGAAGAUAGCAUAGAACCUUGGCAAUGUCUAGAAUGAUCCUACACCGAGUGGACCAGUCAAGAGGGGCAUUGUUAUGGCAGUUAUAGAUCUACCUAUCAAGUGACCCUCUAGACAUACAUUCAUAUACCAGAAGCCUCUGAGAUUUCUCUGCACAGAAGCCAGUUGUAUUGAUUGCAAUGAGAAUACCUUUGUCACCCAGAAACAUUCACCGUUGGAGUCGUCCUGGCCAUACCUGAACACAACUUCCCUGCAGGAGCAAUUGUGCAGAUAGAAAUGGAGUACGGCUAGGUGUCAUGUGAAUGAAUUCCAUGGGAGAUUACCUUUUCUCACCCUGUCCUGGUGGGCUGCCUGCUCUGCUCCACACCACCACGAAGCGCCGCAUUGAUGGGACUCAGGGUGGACGUUCGAGCUGGGCUCGGUGAGCUGGCCCGAGCCCGUGGCGAGCCGAGCCAGUUCGCCCCGAGCCUGAUUUUUUUAGACCAAGCCUAGCCCACGAAAACGGCUCGUCACAUCUUCAGGCCGAGCCGAGCUGAGCUCGGUCCAGCUCGGCGAGCUGGCCAUUUUGGCCCACUGGCGGCCCACGCUCAGUUUUCAAUGCCCAUAGAUGCCUCGAGCCCAGUCCAGUCCCAUUUGCCUAGGUCAAAAUUAACUGCUUCUCAGUUCCUACGAACCCUGACUCUCCUAGGCAGCCGCUGCCGCACAGCUCGCGGCGAGCUCGGACCGAGCCAGACCGGCAUCCACCCUGGCACGGGACUUCUGCCGGCGGUCCGAAUUGAACCCCCGACGGCGGUCGGUGCCUGCGCCCCCACAAAUCCACCUUCCCCUCUCGCGAUUCCAGGUAAGUCUUAUUUUGCCCCAAUUUCGUUUCUUGCACGGAACCCUAGCUUGACUUUUCUUCUUAAACUCCUACCUUUCCUUGUUCCAGCAGCAGAGGAGGGGAAUGAUACCAUAAGUGUAAGAUUUUGAUUUCUCUUCCUUAUUCAAAGAUCGGCCAACAAUGGAUUUCCUGCCCUCGCCGGCCGCGGCCGCGGCCCUCGUGUCCAAGGUGCUCGACGACGACAACCUCCUCCGCGUCGGCCUCCCCACCACACUCGCCCGCGCCGCGCUCGUCUGCAAGCGCUGGUUCCACAACGCUGCCAACCGGGCCUUCCUCCGCCAAUUCCGCCAGCGCCACCCGCCCCGCCUCCUCGGCUUGUACGUCAAUGGCGUGUUCUUUACCGAUACACCCGAGUCGGCCAAGGUUCUUCCUCGCUUCGUGCCGUUGCUGACCCAGACCCAAGAGCCGGAGCUCGCCUCCGUCCUCCGCCGCAUGGCAACCUUAAGCUUGGACACCAUCAACAGAAUAAUGAUUGAGCAAUGCCGGAACGACAGUGUCUUCAUCUCCAGAUUCCAGAACCACAAAUACACAUAUGAAGUGCACAACCCGCUGUUCCCUGACAGAGGCGUGGUGGUCCUCCCAGCACCAACACGUGCCAUGACAGACGACAGCCAUAAACCUACAUUCUCUUGCUUCCUUUCCACAGGAGGCGACGGCUGCUUAUCGUACAUGUGGAUGGCAAUGGAGAUCAAUGUCAUUGUUGGAAGAUCUACCGCGAAGGUACACAUGUUGUGAGAUGGUGUCUGGGUCAUGCUUACCAAAGCCAUGACACAACUCCCCCAUCCGCUAUGGAGGCCAAAACCUCUACUCAUCAAUUAUAGGAUCUACAUGGCUGGGGGCACCUGUAACGACAUUCUUGUGUUGGAUUUGGCGAGCUCCAGUUUCUUCACUAUUCAGCUCCCAGAAGGGGUGGAGUGGUCUUCUGGAUAUAAAUAUGGGAUGGGAUUUCACAGUAGAGAUGCUGUAUUCUCACGGGCAGAUGAUUCCGGAGUUUACCUCAUCGAUUUGAAGGAACUUCAGUUUCGCAUCUGGCUCCACAAGGAUGAUAACUGGUUGCUGGUGGAUACCAUAUGUUUGCGUCAGAUGUGUGCUGCUUUCCAGAUGUCUGAUGUCAUGGUUGAAGAUGAGCAUACUACUGCUGUGAGUAUAACCCAGGUGGGAGACAAUGCUGAGUUUGUGUUCUUGCAGAUGGGUCCAUACACUCUCUAUUUGGAUAUCAGGCGCAGGGUGCUGCGUAAAGUGUAUGAUGAGAUGACAGAGAAGGAUCGAUACGUUGGUCACAUCCAUCCUUGCAUGAUGAUUUGGCCUCCCGCAUUCUCAGUGCUCAAGGAUGAUUCUACAAGGUUUGUAUUUGGUCUUUGGGUUAUUACUGCUCUUGUUUAGAUUAUCAUUUUUUCCAAAAGAAAUGUGAACUGUUUAAAUUUCCUUUGGUUUGUUGCUUUGUUUUGGCAUGUGCUUUAUGCUUAGUAGUGGCUGACAAUUCUGUUUUGAUCAAUACACCAUUGUGAUCAAUUAGUUGUGAACAGUAUCAGCAUUUCUGUACUGACAAUGCUUCAUUACUUUUCCCAGUGGUGCGUAAUGAUACAUUGUUUGGUAUAACUGUAAUGGUGUAGGCAUAUGAUUGAUUCCUUAGGACACUUUAAGACGACCACUUCAGCAACAAUAUUUCUGCCACAUGUCGAGUGAUAAUUUAUAAACACUACAGAUUAUUUGUGUUUCGUCAUAAUAGAAGUUGUUUAUUUGAGUUAUUAUCAAGGAGAAACUUGCAGGAUAUGGGUGUAGCAUGGGACUACUGUAUGAUAAGGGCAUCCCCUGCGCAUGGUGUGUGGUCAUUGGUUUGUGAGUGGAGAAGGAAAAUGGAGAUAUGCAUAAGAAAAAUUACAUAGGGGUCAGCAAUUGAAUGUGUUAGAGUUUAUCUCUUUCAUCUUUGUUUCUCCUAUGGUCAUAUAUGUUGCAUUAUAUGAACUCGUUCUGCCUUUGAACUCUUUACCUCAAACUAUCAUGUCUCAGAUCGUUAAUACUUGUUAUUCUCAGAAUGUUGUUGUAUAAUGGAACCAACUUCUAUGGUUCCGUAUGCUGAAGCAUGCCAUUUUGCACACAGAUUUCAAUUGUAGAUCCUUAUGUUUCACACUGCCACACUUGGCUUUAUGCAACUUUUCCGAUUUGGAUA